AUGAGACUCGCUAUACCUUCAAUGGAAAUGCUGGCUAUAACUUUAAGAAUGCGCAUGGUGCCCGUGGACAAAUGGGGCAAACGAGAUGCGCAGGGCCGCUACGACGGUCUGUUGGGCAUGCUGCAGCGAGGAGAGGUGCACCUGGCCGUUUCCUCGCUCGUGCCUCAGCCACAACACUUGGACGCCGCCACCUUCAUCGGCCCUGCCUGGAGUGUCAGCGAAGCUAAGGGUGAGGUGUGGGGCAGGACGCUGGCGAUGGUGCGGCAGCCGUCGCGCGCGGGCGACGUGGACGCGCUGGUGCAGCCGCUGACGUCGCCGGCGUGGCUGUGCUGCGGGCUGCUGCUGGCGGCGCUCGUGGCCGGGCUGCGCGCCACCACCUGGGCGCACCGCCGCUUCGUCCAGCCCGUCUGCCCGCCGCAGCGCCAGCCUCUCGAGGACUCAUGGAGCGACUCCCUGCUGCUCGUCGUUGGGGCCAUCAGCGAGCAAGGGACGGCGAACGACUCGUCGCAGCCGUCGUGGCGGCUGGUGGUGCUGCUCACGUUCAUGCUAUCGCUGCUGAUGAACACGUACUACUCGGCCAGCAUGACGGUGACGCUGCUGCUGCCGCCGCCCGUCAUCUACCGCUCGCUGGCCGACAUGGUGCGCGGGGACGUGCGCCUCGCCCUGCACAACACGCCGGACAUGCUGCAGCUGCUGCAGGACCCGCUGCUGCAGCAGCUUCGGCGCGCAGACCGGCUGUCGCUGUCGCCGCUGCAGGACGCGAUGGACCGCGCGCGCGCAGACUCUUCCCGCGUGGCGGCGGCGGCGAACGCGGCCGUGCUGUACGCGGCGCUCAGCCCCAGCGACCGCUGCGCCCUCUCCGAGGUGCCGCUCUUCCCGCCGCACCACUCGCUGCUGCCGCUCGCCAAGGGCUCGCCGCUCAAGGAGCUGCUCUCCGUGGGGCUGCGGCGCUGCUGGGAGCGUGGCGUGUCGCGGCGACUGGAGGGCGUGUAUCUGCCGCGCGCGCCCGAGUGCGUGGCGGUGGCGCGGCCCGGCGGCGUGCGCCUCACCGGCGUCUUGCCGGCUAUCGCGCUGCUGUUACUCGGCACCGCUCUCGCCGUCCUGCUGCUCGUCGCAGAGAUGCGCGUGCUGCGCGCCUGCUACUCACUUCAGUACGCUCUAAAUCCCCUGUCACAGUUUCCUCUCAAUCGACUACUCGCGCCAAGUGACACUACUGCAGCCACGGGGUUGAAAUUCAUAUAG